AUGAAUGAGGCAUGGACAGGAACUUCCUUGCAAGGGAAAUGGGUUGAAGGCAAUAUAUACAGAAGUUCUGCUCGCUCUAGUUCAGGCAGUGGACUGCCAGUCCGAAGCACGGAUUUCCUGAGAGGAACCGAUAACAUCACCAUUCGGCAGGGUGACACGGCAAUCCUCAGAUGCUAUGUGGAUGACAACGUGUCCAAAGUGGCCUGGCUCAACCGCUCCAACAUCAUUUUUGCCAGAGAAGAUAAGUGGUCUCUCGACCCCCGGGUGGACUUGGUGACCAAGGGGCAGCUAGAGUAUAGCCUUCGAAUCCAGAAAGUGGAUGUAUAUGAUGAAGGACCCUACACCUGUUCUGUUCAAUCUCAGCAGCAGCCCAAGACAUCUCAGGUGCACCUCAUUGUUCAAGUUCCGCCAAGGAUCUACAACAUCUCUUCAGACAUCACUGUGAAUGAAGGUAGCAAUGUCACAUUAAGAUGCUUAGCUAAUGGACGACCAGAGCCUAUGGUCAACUGGAGACAUCUGACUCCUUUAGCGGAGGAGCUUGAUGGGGAUGAGUACCUGGAGAUCAGUGGCAUCACACGGGAGCAGGCUGGAAGAUAUGAAUGUAAAGCUUCCAGCGAUGGGCUUGCACCAGAUGUGAAAUAUGUGAAUGUGGUGGUGAACUACCCCCCACAGAUCAUGGAAUCCGUGAAUGCAGAAAUUGAGGUUGGGAGAACAGGAGUGCUGCAGUGUGAUGCCCUGGCUGUUCCCAAACCUGACUUUGAGUGGUACAGAGAUGACAAAAGGUUAUACAGCACCCAAGGAAUCCAUAUCCAGAACUACGGCACGCACUCCGUUCUUACUGUUGCUAAUGUCACCGAGGACCACUAUGGAAACUACACUUGCGUGGCUACCAAUAAACUGGGGAUCAACAAUGCCAGCCUAUUUCUCUUCAAGCCUGUGUUACCCACCAAGCCAGUCCCACACAAAGAAGAAACUGAUGCCACGGUGCUUUGGAGACAGCCAGGACCUGGAACGGCAAAGGAUAACUCAGACUCCCUGGCCCAAUCACUGUGGCUUCUAAUGGCAUCCAUGGCUUGCCUUCUUUUCAAGUGUUAAUAAGAAUGACACGCCGCACCAUGCAAGACUUCAUUGAGACUGUUUGUAUAAGAACAACCACCUGGCCCAAUUGUGGCACAAACAGACAGAAUGGUCUAUUAAAAAAAUAAUCUUUUAGUUACAAGAAAAAAAAAAAAACACAGAAAGGGUGAAGCGAGUUACUUAAAGGAAGCACCAGUAUUACUUAUACAAAUUGAUCGUUGUGGCCAUUUGCCCUUUUCUCCUCCCUUCUCCAUCUCCCUCAUGUUUAGCUUGAGUGCACCAUGAUGCUUUUUUUUUUUUUUUUUUUUGGGGGGGGGGGUUUGACUGAAAUGGUUGAAAUUUCUAAUGGACUUGUAAAUGUCUUUGGAUAUUUGAGAUACUUUGGGAUGGAAACAGAUUGGUAUUUAAAUGCGUCGCCAGCUCAGAUGUGGCAGGGAUUCCAAGCCUAACACACAGCAGCCAUGCUUGAAAAAUGAGAGAUUAUAGCUUAGGUUUAUUACUUUCAUUUUAUUUUUUUUUAUUAUUUUGUGUAUUUGUGCACCCCUUGCAGAUCGUGCGGAAAAACAAAUGCCAAAUUUGGUAGCCUGGAAGGGCAGAAGUGCUGGUCAGGGUGUUCGUAACAAAGAAAUGACGGCAAAAAAAACAAAAAAAUCAAAUCAGUGCUUUAGUUUGACUGAGCGGAAAUAUUUGCACAUAUUUUAUUAAAAAGAUGAACUUCAUCCAAAAAUGCAUUAUUAACUAGAGUUUCAUUGGCCAUGCCAGCAGAAUAGAAAUGCUAAAAAGAAAAAAAAACAAAAAGCCGCCCGAGCUCAGCAGCCACUGGCUUCUAGUGGCAUGCAGGAGCUGUUUGACGAGGCCGCUCCUCUUGCGCUCCCCUGGCUGUACAUUAGCUUGUCGAUAAUGAAACGUCCAUAUUUAAAUACUUGUAAAUAAUGUUGAAUAAAUCUGACUGCGCUGGAGUCUCCAUAGCUCCUUAUACACUUUGUGCUUUGACGCUCUCUGCGAGCCGUUCUGCUUGGGGUUUCAGUUUCAUGGCAUUGCAGUGUGGCACACGUGGUAGGUGCACGUAUGUUGGCGGGAACGGGAGGGGAGGGUGGAGUUAGUGUUUGCAAUCAAAGAACUGUCCACUCGUCUUGUCUUUUCGCCAUGGUGUGUUUUCUUACAUGUAUAUAAAUAAUCUGUAAAGAUUUUUUUUUUUCCUCUUAUUAUCUAACACUCUCUAUUUGAAAAGAAACAUGUCGCUGUAGAGGCACUCAUAGGCAUACCGUUGCUGGAAAGCAAUGCCCAGGCUGUCGGAGAGUUGCCAUUUGUGCUGGGGGGGGGGUCAAAAUAAGGGUCAACACAGCACCACAUUUUCAGUGAGUCUCCUCCCCAUCUCUGACUCCUACACUUCUUUCCCUAACAGCCACAUGAUGGCAUCGUGGAGGAACGUUUUGGAUGCCAGCUGAUUGGGUUGGUUUUUUCUCACAGGUCUCAGUCUCUGUAGCAACUCAGCUGUUGUAGAGUUUAUCAAGUCCUCAAUCUCCAUUUCUCUGGUGCACUUGAAAAGGUUCCGAGAAUUAGACAAGGAUUCGUGUAUGAAUAUUGAAUAUUACAGUGUGCAUGUGUCUUAUGGCCUUAAAGCUCUCAUUAUAUUUAUUACGUUCACCUCUUUCAGGAGGCUUUCAGAAAUCCAGACAUGCGCCUCCGCUCUAGUGCCAAUGUUUUUUGCCCCUUCCCCACUCCAGUGAUAAUGUCGUCUGUGCAACACUUGUCUGGGAGAAUGAGACCCUCUCCUCCCACCCCAUCUCCCAUCCAUUACUGGUUCCUGCCCAUGUGCCCAGUGCUGCAGGAAUAGGCCACGACCCCUCGAAUCUGACCUGGGUUUUGGCAGGUUUUGGUAGAUCACGUUAUUAUAAAAUCAGUGUGUUCCAUACAGUUUGCUGUCAUUUUCAUUCUUGUCUGCCAGGUAGCAUUCCUAUUGUCCUGUGCUUAGUAGGCUCUGUCUCGGCCCUUUUCUCGCCUGUGCCACUGGCCCCAAGAUCAGACCUUCCCUGGCCCUUUUUUUUAUUCUGUGCACAUUUUUUUCUUAUGUAACCCAAAGACGGUUUAGUUUAGUUGAUGGGUGACUCAGAAUUGGAUGGGCAUGAAUGAGAGUAGCUGUGGGAUAAAUACUUCCUGCACUGCAUGGGCACCUCUUGUGCUCUCAAAUGACUCUGCCAUGGAAUGAGUUAGUUUACAAAAUGAAUGAACAGACGCCAGACAUUCACUCGUUGGUACACACACACACACUGCCACACUCGCCAUCAUCCAAAGAUGGACUGGUUCACCUGUGCCGUUGAUGGCUGCCAGUGAACAGCACACAUCAACACACAAAUGAGCCCCAUGUCCCUAGUGACCCUCCAUUAUUCAAAAUAGUUUCAACUAUCAAUAAAAUGUUGAAAAAACACCCAAGAUAAAUUGCUUUCUCAUAAUCUCAGUAAGCGUUAACUACGUUCGAUUGAUGAGUGCAGACUGAAUAUAUGGCAGUCAGAGCAGAGGAUUAAUAUUUUGUUUACCACCGCAACCCCAAAUUGGAAUAAGAAGCUCAUAAAAAAUGGUGAGAUGGCUCAUUUCCAUUUGUCUACCUCGUGAGCUUAUUUUAUUUUUAAGGCAUUUGGUUUGACCACGAUUAGGUCUGAUCCAGCAUACGUUUUUCUAACAUUCAGAACAACUUGUGGUGUCCUGUUCAUGUUGUCAACAGCCGGGUGACUGAUAACCGCCUUCACCUUUAGCCUCUGAGAAGAAGCCAUUACUUUUUACUUUGGCUGACACCUUUACUCCAUCUGCCCUUGUAUAUACGUAAGCCCUUAAACAUCUUUGCAGCUGACGUGCACUAACGGUACAUUAUUAAACCAUACAAAAUGCUGUACUGUGAAAAGGACCAGCAAUCAAUGGUUAACCCAGCUCAACCUUCAUCGCCAUGACUUACAAGAUAAGGCUUCAGUACAGCUGGACCUCGGGCCGGUUAAGUGACUUGCCGAGGGUCCACUUUGAGUUGUCAGAUCUGUUUGCCCCGCUGCUGUCUCCAGAGCCUACUGGCCUGACUCAGAGCUGGACUCAUCUUGAAUCAUUCAGUCGGAAUUGCACUGACACAGUGCAACAGGAGUUCAGACUGGCAUGCCAACAGUGGAGUCUAUGGUUUAGAUUAGAAGAGUUAUAAGCAGGCAGGACCCAAAUCUUAAUGUGGUGCCACUCAGUAGCACCGGCAUUAAUACUGAGCCACUUCAGAGUCACCUAAAAUACUAAAAUGCUCAUCUCUCGGAUGUGGCAGAAAACCAACAAGAACUGACAGAACAUCUAGUAUCUAUCUACUCAGCCAGUGACCGAUCUGCACUCUGGAGAAAGCGCUGGGCCUCCCUGCCACCCAUAAGCCUUUUUUAUUAAAUAAAAAAUUGAUUUCCUAUCUGCUAAAAAUGUAUCCAUUCUGUCACUUUCAUAUAUGUAAUACAAUAGUGUGCCUGUGGUGGGCUGCUGUUUCUUUUACAGACCUCCCUGGUGCCCCAGCCUGCAACCGUGUCGGCCUUGUCUGAUGGAGCCCUACUCUGAUUGGCAUCACUCCAAUCUGAUCUCCUAGAUGGCUGCCCCCAUGACUCAUUCAGGCCCCUAAUUAGCUGCCAUUUCCAGCGUGCUAUUAGCGUCUGACCAGUUAGGCUCAUGUCAGCAUGUUUAUGGGACAUCACGAAUACCACCAGGACCGUGUCACUGUCAAUGCAUGUCAAGUGGUAAAUAACAAGAAAUCUCCUCCAUAAAAUUAAAGCAGAGUCUAAAAAGUUUGUACCAAUGUAUUCCAAUCCUCAGGCGAGAUUUCUUGUACGCUUGAAGCAACACUUUAGGACAGCGCAAAAGUUCUCAUUGCCCACCCUUUGCUUCCAGUUGAGAGCAGAAUGCGGAAUGAGAGCUGUCCUUUGGCUUUGGAUCAAAUGAAGAUCUGCUAGAGCCAGUUGAUGUACCGGACUUGUGCUUUGUGCCCUCUGCUGCUAGUGUAGGCUCUUGAAUGCCUGUGACCCCGAAUUGGUGCAAUGAAUAAUAAGCGUGCAGUCACAAACGCUGCACCAUGUGCUUCAAAGUAUCGCCUCUGUAUGCACCGAGUUAAAGUCGUGUUGCGUCUCCCAAAACGUGUCUAACGUGUGACCACUAUCAUGGUUCGAGAGGCAUUGGCAGGUCUCGCUAUACGAGGGGGGCCCACCUGAAAUGAGCGUUUGCAGUCAGAAGCCCCAGGAGUCCUCUGAAUAAGAUGCCCUGAGUAGGGGGCUUUGUGCCCUGGACCACUGCAUGAAGAUGUGCAGGGCAGCAGUGCCCGUUUGGGCUGGAGGAGAAGGAGGUAACGGGGAGAGACUCACAGAGAGGGGUCUGGCUGGAUGAAGCAGAUUUCUGUUGUCAUUAUUCUGUAAUUACGUGUGUAACUCCACGUUGUGACACAGUUGUGUGACAAGAGUGACGGUCUUGGCAGGCCAUGCCCCGCUCAGCAGAUUACCUACAAGUACAUUGUAACAAUGCACAGUAAUUACAGUGUAAUGAGACUACAUGGACACACUGUAACAAGGGGCGGCCAAGCUAAGGGGGGCUGCGGUUGUGCGGAGUUUGAUUUUGCUGAUGAGCCGAGUAUUAAAGAGUGAGACUAACCAAAUUUAAAAAAUAAAACAGCACUGUUGGAGUUUGGAGUUUCAUAAUGGCUUAGAAACGAAUUAGAGAACACGUGAAAGUGAAGGAGGGCCGAGCCGAAGAUCAGGACCCCUUUGACCCCAGUGGGCUCUAAGCAUGAGAGUGGCUGGCCCGUUACACUUUCUCUGCAUUUUUUUUCUGUUGUCUGGGGGCUGCCACACACCUUCUGUUGUCACGUGCCACCUCACAGUAGCGAGGCAAAGUGGCAAACACAUGUGCUCCAAGUAAGCAUCCCCCACACGAGCCCUCGGGGGGGCUCAAAAGAGCCAUCGAGUUGCAUUGACUUUCAUUUUGUAACACGUGAACGUCGACUUUUUUCUACUUUUUAUUCAAGCAGUCCAGGUGCAGCAUCUGUGACUGACGUAAAGAUGGCAUUAAUAAGGGCAUUGGGGGACGGCGCCACCAUACAAAUGGGGAGAGAAUGAAGCAGCAAGCUUGCCACCCAAUGACCCUGGCUAUGUCACCUGCCAUCAGGGGCUCAGAAAUGAGGUAGGGGCUUCACCCAUCGACUUCAUACUGGAGUUUGGCGUAAAUAAAGGCCCAGGAAAGCAAACCGAGAAAGCUGGAGCUUGGCACCAUGAAGAAGAGGUGGGCAGAGAUACAGUCGUUUCGGAUUUUUUUUAAACGGGCGACUUGGUAAUAACAAUCAGUUCACUGUGGCAGAUGAUGGAUGCCGUCGUGCGUGCCGUCUUUAUCAGAGUGCUAGAUUAAAGAUAAAUCGGCCUACUGCUGGAGAAAACAAGAAACAAACUAAAGUGGUGUCCUUCCUUUUUGUCCUCUAAGCCAAAAGAUAAGAAGUACCCGUCAUGGUGGGCCUGCACAGCUGGACCACCAGACAUGUACUGAUGUUUUUUGGCUGCUCUGAUCACAUCCCAAAAUCCUUGCACAGUUUCUAUAUGGUUUUCUGUGAUGACAAAUUUGUUCUGUAGACAUAAUUGUGUAUAGCAGGAUGGAUAGCUGACCUAUAAAAUGUUGUUAUCUGGAGCAUGCUACGACCAAUCAAAGAAGAAAACAUAAAACUAAAAAGAGAGUUUGAUAUUGGCAGCUGGGACCACUGCGCAUGUGGGGGUCAUGGUAGAAAGGCUGGCAGGAGCUGGGGGUAUCCUGAGCCCCGUAGUCUGCUCCCACUUUUCAGUUUAUUGCUCCAUUUCCCACUGUGCACCUCAACCGGAGGCAAAAAAAUCAAAUAUUCUUGACGCCCGAGCCCCUCCACAUGUGAACGCCGGUGCUCAUGACAGUGCCAGGGGGUACGGCCCCCAGCCUCCUACCCCCUGCGGAAAGGUGGCCCAGGGUGAGCGCGGGUGUGCCAGUGACCUGCGGAUCAGCUGCCAGGUCCACUUGAGUACCACCUUCCCGACGGACCCCCUCGAGCCGACUCUCUCUGUACAGCUGCUAAUGAAAUCCACUUUGUACAAGUGUGUUGCUGAUUCCUCUGUAUAUUUUGUGUGUGAUUCUAAACUUUAUCCAGUGAGUGGAUUUUUUUUUUCUAUUCUCACUGCUUUCCACAGGCUUGUGUUGCUUUGGGUUUGCUAACAUGAAUAAUAAUAAUGAUAAUAAUAAUAAAAAGUUUUAAAGUGA